AGGUAGAGAACUCGAUCUUAUUAAAGAAUAUACUCAUGAACUUUAUAGUUAUGACUCCGAGUGUGUUGUCAAAGACCAAUUAUCUCUCGACUUGACCAAUGGCUUUACUAUAUCGACAUGGGUCCAGUUUAUCCAUCAAAGUGGUUCGAAAUCUAAUGGAGACAUUAUGUCCGUCGAAUCAUCCUUGUUCUCCUCUCCACUCUUCUCCAUUUGGGUCGAGUUUCCUGAAGGCGGCAUUCAUUUCUCUUGCACGCAAGCUGAAAAUGACACCAUAAAGUUUAUAAAAACCGGGGUCAAAGCUCCUGAGGGGGCAUUUCAUAUAGCCAUUGAAUUUGAUUCGAUGGCUUUCAAUUUAUACUUGAAUGGGGGGAAGUGUAAGACAAUCCCGGAGACGAGUCCGUUCCCGAAUCCCAAUAACAAAGUCCUUGUCAUCGGGCGGUCCGAAUGCACCAGAGAUAGAAACCUCUCUUGCACUAGACAAAUUUUUGACAUAGAAAUAUACUCCGAAUGUCUAGGCGAGGAUGAUAUCAAGUCAAUCUUUGCCAAAGCGGUGAAUCGCCAUGUCCCGAUUUCUAGGCCUAAAGCUAUACUAAUAGAAGGUGAACAUCACCUAGAUGGCAAUUCAGCCUACGGAGAAGACUAUUCUCUGCCAUUCGAUCACGAUACAGCUAUCUUUACUCCACCCACACUCGUUACGCGGGAUUUCGCUCACCAUAAUGGGGUAUGGAGUACCGAGAAACACCUUCGCUUGGCAGCUGAUAUCCGGAAUAUCGGGAGGGCGGACAUUGUGGGCUUUGGUAUGACAACUAUGUUGACGUGCGCCAACGAUGGAAAGGGGCGCUUCGAAAGUGCGAGGGUAGUCCUCGAAAAGUUCCCUCAUUAUCUAGGUCGACAAAACAGUACCCAUCCCCGCUUCUUCGGCGAUGCUACUGGAAAUGGAUAUCCUGAUAUCAUUGCCUUCGGAGACAGUGCAGUCUUCAUCAGCCUCAAUAACAGAGAUGGCACCUUCCAGCCAGGUGUCGAAGUCCUACGAAAUCUAUUUUGCGACACAUAUGCAUGGUACCCCGAAAAGCACCCUCGGUUUGUAGUAGACGUGACAGGAAACGGGGUGGUUGAUAUCGCCGGAUUUGGAGAGGCGGGGGUAUAUAUUGCGUUCAAUGAUGGACGUGGGGGAUUUCCUUCGCUCAAAAUGGUCGUUAGCGCGUUUGGAUAUAGCGAGGCUGCGGGAAGUUGGCGCAUUGAGAAGCAUCCUCGCAUCCUGGCCGACCUCACUGGCAAAGGACAUAAAGACAUCAUCGGUUUUGGGGAAACUGGAGUAUUCGUUUCAAAGAACAAUGGUAACAUGGCCUUUUCACGUGCCAAGUUGGUUCUGCCUAACUUUGGAUAUGCCCCGGACGAAUAUACAGGAGACGGGUGGAGAGUUAACAAACAUCCUCGAUUCGUUGUCGACCUCACCGGCAACGGAAAGGCUGAUAUUGUUGGGUUCGGAGAUGGAGGGGUGCUUGUGGCUCUUAAUAGUGGUGAUGGAACAUUCCAGCCAGCCGAGAAGGUUCUGGACUGGUUUGGCUUCUCCGACGAUGCGGGAGGCUGGCGUGUGGAAAAGCACCCUCGCUUUGUGAUAGAUCUUACGGGGGAUGGAUGCGCUGAUAUUGUAGGGUUUCACGAUGAUGGUGUAUGGGUAGCAUUCAGCAAUGGAGAUGGUACAUUCCAGACACCACAACGUGUGGUCCCCGACUUUGGAUACGAUAUAGGCGGAUGGAGAGUAGAUAAACACCCAAGGAUCUUAGCUGAUCUAACAGGAAAUGGAUGUCCCGAUAUCAUUGGAUUCGGAGAGGAUG